GCACCCCUCGCCGCCACGGUGGGCACCAAUGUGGCAGGUCAGCCAGCGAACGUUCAGCUUCAAAAGUUCGCCGGUCUCUUCGAGAACGCUCUCAUCCGCCUGCCCUAUGGUGUGGUUGCCAGCGGUCCCGUAAAACCCCUGCCCAAUCAUCUGGUCCGCAUGAUGUCCAUGUACUUGCGUUUCGUGUGA